UCAGUCUUUGUACUGUGUUUUACUAAUACAGUCGCCCAUUGAUUUCUGAGAUUCGUUCCGUUAUAGUAAUAGCCUUUUGUGUUGUGAUUUUAUUGGCGCAUCGGAUUUCUCGAAGGCACAGAGUUGGGAUUUUAUCAUAGAAUAAAUCCGCGGCCGUCUGUUGGACUCUCAACAUUAUCAGACAAUAAUCUUGUGUAGAUUAACGACGAAAUACAAGAAACAGACAUAAGAUUGUUAGGCCUAACUCUGUGAUAACGUUCUGUCUUAGCAACUAUAUUAUAAAUCGUCGCGUGUAGUGAUAUAUCAAUAGUGUGUUUUGAAUAUUUUUAUUCAACAGACGACUGAAUGUUUAUGUACAAUAAUUUAAAUGUCCUAGUGAGUCUGAAGCGAGCUGUUGCAUGCAUAGACUGUGAAAACUCGAGUGUUCAUGAUAUUUUAAGUGAUUGUGAUAUAUACGAUGAACAUUAGCACUAUUUAGAUUUAAUGACUAAUUAGUGAAAUAAUUAAAUAGAAAAAAGUGAUUUUAGAUCUUUCAAAAACGAGACAAUCGUAAAAAUGACUGCUGGAAAACAACAAAACGGUCUAAUCAAUCCGUCUGAACCUACUCAACUAUAUUAUCAGAAAGAUGAUUCCAAUAUUAUUACAGGAAGUGUCAUGGAUGGCGUGACAAUAGAAUCAGAAGACAGAAUUUCUCGAUACAACGUGACAAAAUAUAGAUACUUUAUACUGGCAUUGUUCGUGAUAUACUCCGCGUCUAAUUCCAUGCAGUGGACACAGUAUGCUAUUAUAUCAGACAUAGUUACUAAUUAUUACGGUGUGUCAAGUAAUUUAGUGUCCUGGACUUCUAUGGUGUACAUGGUGACAUAUGUGCCUUUAAUAUUUCCUGGAAGCUGGCUCCUCGAUAAAGUGGGACUCCGGAUCACAACAAUCAUAGGCGCGUUCGGGACAUGCGCGGGCGCCUGGCUCAAAGUGUUCUCCGUUCCCCAGGACAUGUUUUGGCUCGGUUUCCUGGGUCAGACCGUGGUGGCGAUCUCCCAGGUCUUCAUAUUGAAUGUGCCACCGAGACUAGCCGCGGUCUGGUUUGGAGCUGACCAGGUCUCGUCUGCAUGCAGUGUCGGAGUCUUUGGGAACCAGCUCGGGGUGGCCAUCGGCUUCUUCCUGCCGCCGAUCCUAGUGCGAGCCCAGGGGACUGUGGAGGAGAUCGGCGCAGACUUCCAGCUCAUGUUCUACCUGGUUGCCGGCUUUACCUCCGUGCUGUUCGUACUCAUCCUACUCUUCUUCAAGAAAGCCCCGCCGUCGCCGCCGUCAGCCGCCGCCGACCUCGGCUCAAGCCUGGACUCCAACUUCCUCCAGUCCAUCAAGAAGCUACUGACCAACAGGAACUAUGUACUGCUCCUCAUCUCGUACGGGCUCAACGUUGGAGUCUUCUACGCUAUAUCCACGCUGCUCAACCAGAUUAUCCUCAACAACUAUCCUGGCGCAAACGCAGACGCAGGUCGUAUCGGAUUAGUGAUCGUGGUGGCCGGCAUGGUGGGUUCUGUGGUCAGUGGGAUGGUGCUCGAUAAGACCCACCGCUUCAAGGAGACAACCCUGGCAGUCUAUGCCGCCUCUGUGAUCGGUAUGGUUAUCUUUACCUUCACUCUGGACUGUGGCAUCAUUGGGGUCGUUUACCUUAGCAGUAUUAUACUUGGCUUCUUCAUGACAGGCUACCUGCCGGUCGGCUUCGAGUUCGCUUCCGAGGUGACCUUCCCCGAGCCUGAGGGCACUACGUCUGGCAUCCUCAAUGCUUGUGUACAGAUAUUCGGAAUGACGCUCACUCUCAGCUACGAGCAAAUGCUGGCUAAGCUCGGCGACCGCUGGUCAAACGUCAUUCUGUGCGCCAUCUUGGCCGUGGGCACCGUCAUCACGGCGCUCAUCAAGUCGGACCUGCGCAGGCAAGCAGCGUCGGAAUACAAAGGAUAAACGUCACAGCGUAGAUCUAGAUUGUCUCAGGAUGAUAUGUUUUGAGGUUAUACGUGGAAGGAAAUACGAUGAUUGAAUAUUCUAGGAGAUUUAUCCCAACAUAUUUUUUUGUGUUAUCCUGAAGAUCUGUUAUGAUUUGGAGUGGAGAAAUCUAUACGAAUAGUUUUUGACAUCGCCAGUGCAAGAUUCUGUAUAUUUCUAUACCAAACGACAAUCGGCAAUAAUCGUCUACAGACGAUGGCUGAAUAGGCUUAGAUCCCUUUGUC